CGUACCUCAUUGCACACAUGCUCUGAAAGGUUUUGAGUUGGUUGCUCAUGUCACAGUCAGAUAUGCACAUGUUAACUGUCUAGAAAAGCAUACUCUGAAAAUAAUCUGGUGCAAAGAAUUGGUACAGAGACAUAAAAUUGUGAAAUAUUGAAAUAUUUACAUAUCAGGAAACUAACAGUAACACAUUAGAGUAUUGUUCGUAACAAAAUGUAGAAUAACAACCAGAUGAUGCAUUUGAAACGGGUAUCAAGACUGGACUGCUUGCCUGGAACGAAUCUGAGCAGGCCGGUGCACUAGCCACAAAUCGUAAGCAGCAAAUAUUUGUUGCUUAUUAUUAAUACAGCAUCAUGCUAUCAUGCUACAGGGCUGCAGGUAACAGAACAAGUUCCUGAUCACCAGAAAAUGAAGGCAAAGCAAUGCUUAGUCAGGCUCAUUACAAACAUUUUGGGAGAAAUUGAAUGGUCGUGGGACCAGUAUGAAAAGUGCAUCCAAGAACGUGUCGACACGGGCACUCCACUGAAGAAAGCCUUGCUGGUUCCUUUCGGUUCCAAAGUUGAAAUGUCCUGUCCUGGGAUUUGUUUUCCUCCAGAGGCAGAAUCCCAAUCUCCGUGGCACCGUGUAUCGCCCGUUUUAGGCUCGGCAAUAGGAACGAUGCCCAUGGGAAAAGGCGACCAGCGGCGACAGCUUAUGGGCUACGGUGCCCUGGUCAUUACGGAUGCUCUGCCAGGCGAUACGGGGAUCUACCGCUGCCUUUGGGCAGGAAGAACGUACAGCCUUUACCACUUGCAGGUGGUCCGGUCCGAACCAUAUGAAAUGGUCUGGGAGGACGAGUACAAUGAAACUGACGAAACCCUGACGUUGGAAGGUUAUGGGAUGCGAUCCUGGCUGGAUUGGUCCGAGUGGAGUGAUUGUGAUCGCUGCGGGUCUGUUGGCAGGAGGAGGAGGGUUGGUAUAUGCACUGUUGGGUAUAUGAAACGAAUGCACCGGGAAACAAAGGCACUCAGCAGAACCAUGCUUCAGACCUCACUGGCCGCAUUUCCAGAUGGAGUACCUUGUCGGUCAAGCCUUGUACCAUUGUAUAUUGCCGAGAACCUUCUGAAGAACAGGACCAGUGUUCACAUGAUAGGACUCUGUCGAGAACCAUGCGUGAAGGAUACAGGCGUAGUUGUAGUCACAGAUGCAUCAGGCCUAGUGGAAGAAGUCGUGGACAACAGUAAGGGCAUAUUCUCACUGAAACAGAAACUUCUAGAGCUGCCGAAAAGGAUUUUCCGUAAGACUGUCAAACGGGAACAAGGUGCAGAAGUGAUCCUGUCUUGUUCGAGACAACGCUUCAGCACAAAAUUCUUCCAGUGGCGAAAUGGCUCCAUCCUACUAAAUCCGAUGCUAGUUUUCCACUUGUCCAACCGUAGGGUCAAGAUAGACCUCGGAAACAAUCUACACAUUCUGAGGGCAGAGACGUACGACUCCGCAAUCUAUAGUUGCUAUGACGGAACCAGAAUGGUAGCAACGAUCCGUUUGUACAUCACAAAACCAAGCAUCUUUGCCAAACUACGGCGGAUAGCAUCUUACUUCAAUGUGGUAGUCAUGGUUGUCGCAAUACUCCUAGUAAUAAUAUCCAUAUGCCGGGGAUCACAACCUGGUUUGAGCUGACACAUUUAGUACGAAAGAUUGCCGAUUAAAAAUUUGCUUACCAAUUAUUGUAUUUCUAUUGG